CGUUGGGGUAUGUUGUGUUCACAAAAUUCUCACCAUUCUUGUCGAGAUAUUGUAUAGAUAUUACAGAUUUGAGAAAAGUAAAGGCAACAUCAUCAUGGGACGACUAUCAAGGAAGAAGCAGCACAAGGGAGAUAAACCAUUGAAGGAGAAGUACCGAACCAAGAGGAAGACAAAGGACCUUGAUGAAAUCCACGAAGACAUGAAACCGGGAAAAUCUCAGAAACUGCUGAACCAGGAAGCGGACUUUGAUAAACCUGGUGCGGGGCAGUUUUACUGUCUCCAUUGUGCGAAGUACUUUAUUAAUGAAACUUCUCUGAAGACACAUUUUAAAAGCAAACCACAUAAAAGAAGGUUAAAAGCCCUGUCUAUUGAGCCUUACACGAUAGAGGAAGCAGAGAGGGCAGCCGGAAUGGGCUCCUAUAAACGACCAGAAAAGGUUACCGUGGAAACACAGUCAGCAAGCAUGGAAACUGACAACACCUAGUGAAGUGUGUUUGUGCAUGAAAGGUUGUUGUGAUAUGAGAACAUAUAUGUGUUAAUGAACUUUGUUAUCUUUUAAGUUCAAUUUUAAAUGGGAGGUUAAGGGGGAGGGGUAAGAAUGUCUUUAUCUGCACUAUAUAAUGUUCAAUGCAGUAUAAAUAUAGGUACAUGUAUGUUUAAAACCUUCAAAAAUAUUUUCAAAUAUUAUUGUUAUUUGACUGGGGUAUGCAUUUUAAAUCUGUUCAUUUCGCUUGAUACCUAUAUAUAAGCCUCGGCCCUUUCUUGAACCUAGUUUAAUCCUGCUUUUCAAGAAAUGCAUUUAAUGUUUUAUAUCAACAAGACAAAUAUAAACUGACAUUUAUCACUUAUUCGUAUUUGAACAAGACUUACAACUUCUGCCUAUUUAUUUCCCAAAGUUUAGAAGGUCGAGUAUUGGAUUAAAAUAGUCCACCUGAAUUUUGGUCAAACCAUUGUAAGAGCAAUAUUUUUUGUGAAAUACACUGUACAAUGUACAUGUAUAUUGAAAUGAUACAAAAUGUAAAAUCUUUUUGUUGAAAAAUAAAAUUUUUUACAGCUGAG